AUGCGACGGUCGUCGGGAAGGGAAGGGAAGAGAGAGUGGAACGAGAUGCUUCUUCGAGCGGCCCGAGAUGGUCACGUGUGUAUAUAUUCUGCCAUCCGUCUCCGCCUCGACCUAAGGGAAAAAUAUAAAAAAAAAAUCGCCGAAUUCACUCCUAGCGAAGGUGGACACCCUCAUAUUUCGCCCAGCUCUCGUCCCUUGCGGUUCCGCGCCGAAUUUGGCCAGAAUAAGAUGGACGACCUGUUUGAUGUCUUCGAGGAUCAGCCUCAGGCUGGCAGACCCUCUGACGAAACCCCCAGACCUCGAGCAAAGAAGGACAAGAGCAAGAAGCGCCAAGUAAACGGCGAUGUGAAGGAGGAUGGUGGAGAGACAAAUGCGAAGGAUGAGGGAACUCUGCCGGAUGCACCCGCUGUGAAGACAGAUGCUGAAGAUUCUGGGGCCCCCGCGACGGAAAACGGACAACCUGACACGAAGCGACCGCGAAUUGACCAGGAAGCAGUCCCUGUAGUGGCAGAUACAUUCGAAACCGAGCAAGAGCGUGAGAUUGCAGCUUCUGCUGGCCUUCAAGGUUCGAAGGAGUCGGCUUCGGUGGUACUGUCGCACCAAGUUCGACAUCAGGUCGCUAUUCCGCCCGGCUAUCCCUACGUUCCCAUUUCUCAACAUAAUCCACCAGAACAUCCUGCGCGAACGUGGCCGUUCACCCUUGAUCCAUUCCAACAGGUGGCAGUUGCAUCAAUUCAACGGGAAGAAAGUGUCCUCGUUUCCGCUCAUACUAGUGCAGGGAAAACGGUGGUCGCGGAGUAUGCUAUUGCGCAGAGCUUGAAAAACAACCAAAGGGUUAUCUACACAAGCCCUAUAAAGGCUUUGAGUAAUCAAAAAUAUAGAGAAUUCGCCGCGGAGUUUGGAGAUGUUGGCCUCAUGACCGGCGAUGUCACUAUCAAUCCAACGGCAACUUGCCUGGUUAUGACGACGGAGAUUCUCCGUUCAAUGUUGUAUCGCGGUUCAGAGAUUAUGCGCGAAGUCGGGUGGGUUGUCUUUGAUGAAAUUCAUUACAUGCGAGAUGCUACUCGAGGUGUUGUCUGGGAAGAAACAAUCAUUCUUUUGCCGGACAAGGUUCGAUAUGUGUUCCUCUCUGCCACCAUCCCCAACGCCAUGCAGUUUGCCGAGUGGAUCACGAAAAUGCACAAUCAGCCGUGUCACGUCGUAUAUACUGAUUUCAGGCCUACGCCACUUCAACAUUACUUCCAUCCUGCCGGGGCGGAUGGUAUUCAUCUCAUCGUUGAUGAGAAGGGAGUGUUCCGUGAAGAUAAUUUCCAGAAAGCUAUGAGCUCCAUUGCAGAUAAGAAAGGCGACGACCCGUCGGAUCCAAUGGCUAAGGGCAAGGGCAAGGGAAAGAACAAGAAAUUGAAUAAGGGUGGCACAAAAGAACAUUCCGACAUUUAUAAGAUAGUCAGGAUGAUUAUGAUUAAGAAUUAUAAUCCCGUCAUCGUCUUCAGCUUCAGCAAACGUGAAUGUGAGGCUGGUGCCUUGCAGAUGAAGCAGUUGGCGUUCAAUGAUGAAUCCGAGAAGAAGAUGGUGAACAAGGUUUUCAACAGCGCGAUUGAGAUGCUAUCGCCUGAAGAUCAAUCUCUGCCCCAAAUACAGAAUCUCUUGCCCCUCCUUGAGAAAGGUAUUGGUGUUCAUCACUCCGGACUCCUGCCAAUUCUGAAGGAAACUAUCGAGAUUCUUUUCCAAGAAGGUCUCAUCAAAGUUCUGUUCGCGACAGAGACAUUUUCCAUCGGCCUCAACAUGCCCGCCAAGACUGUCGUCUUCACAAGUGUGCGAAAAUUUGACGGGAUCAGUCAGCGCUGGAUUACGCCAUCUGAAUUCGUUCAGAUGUCUGGUCGAGCUGGUCGGAGAGGUCUCGAUGACAGAGGUAUCGUUAUCAUGAUGAUCGGAGAGGAAAUGGACCCAGCUGUUGCCAAGGAGAUUGUCCGUGGCCAACAGGAUCGGCUUAACUCGGCGUUUCAUCUGGGCUACAAUAUGAUUCUGAAUCUGAUGCGUGUAGAAGGGAUCUCGCCAGAAUUUAUGCUGGAGAAGUGCUUCUACCAGUUCCAGAAUACUUCGAAUGUGGCCGAACUUGAGACUGAGCUACGCAAUUUGGAGGAUGAGAAGGCCAACAUGAACAUUUCUGACGAAGGAACCAUCCGUGAAUAUUAUGAUUUGAGGAAACAGCUUGAUGGAUUCUCGGAAGAUAUGCAAGUUGUCAUGAGUCAGCCGAACUAUUCGCUGAAGUUUACCAAUCCUGGUCGAUUGGUUCAUAUCAAACAUAUGAACUACGACUUUGGCUGGGGAAUAGUCGUCAACUACAAGGAACGGAGACAGCCAAGGAACAUGACCGAAGAGAUCCCCCCUCACCAGAAGUACGUGGUAGAUAUUCUGCUGAAGGUUCCCGAUGGAACGUCGGUGGGAACUAAAACAUUCCAAGAUCUUCCAGCGGGUGUGAGGCCGCCUAAAGAUGGCGAAAAGUGUGUUAUGGAAGUUGUGCCAGUUAUGCUCAACUGCAUCCAUGCCUUUGGGCACUUCCGGCUUAAGCUUCCCGACGAACUGCGCUCGGCAGAGUCCAGGAAUAGCGCAAUGAAGAUCCUCAACGAAGCCAUCAGGCGUUUCCCGGAUGGAGUUCCUGUCCUCGAUCCCAUUGAAAAUAUGGGGAUUAAGGAUGAGUCGUUCAAAAAACUUCUAAGAAAAAUCGAGGUCCUUGAGUCUCGACUUUUCUCGAACCCCUUGCACAAUUCACCGCGGCUGCCGGAACUAUACGAGCAGUAUGCCAAAAAGGUGGAAUUGAGCUCGAAGAUAAAGGAAAUGAAGAAGAAGAUCUCCCAGGCCAUGUCCAUCAUACAGCUUGACGAGCUCAAAUGCCGCAAGCGAGUCCUCCGCCGAUUUGGGUUUAUCAACGAGGCGGAAGUCGUGCAGCUCAAGGCCCGUGUGGCAUGUGAAAUCAGCACGGGCGAUGAACUGAUGCUCAGUGAGCUGCUCUUCAACGGCUUUUUCAACAAGCUCACUCCAGAGCAAGUAGCUGCGGUGCUGAGUGUCUUCGUUUUUGAAGAAAAGUCCAAGGAGACUCCUGCGCUCACUCGAGACGAGUUGGCGAAGCCACUCCGGGAGAUUCAAUCGCAGGCUCGGAUCGUGGCUAAGGUAUCGCAGGAGUCGAAGCUGUCACUCAAUGAAGAAGAAUAUGUCCAGAGUUUCCACUGGGAGCUCAUGGAAGUCAUUUACGAAUGGGCGAAUGGCAAAUCUUUCGCCGAUAUCUGCAAAAUGACGGAUGUCUACGAAGGCAGUCUGAUCCGGGUCUUCCGCCGACUGGAAGAAUGUCUGCGGCAGAUGGCGCAGGCCGCCAAAGUCAUGGGCAGUGAAGAGCUCGAGAGCAAAUUCGAGACGGCCAUGACGAAGGUGCGCAGAGACAUUGUUGCCGCACAGUCCUUGUAUCUGUAAAUUCCCCUGUACUCCUGUCGAACUUUUUAAUUAUUUUCUUUUCUUUCUUUUUUGAUUACAUUAUUGUCACAAGCGUCUGUGUCUGUGUACCGUGUGGCUUGUCCCGGUUGUCUUGCAUUAUUCCGGCGUCAGGGUUAGGGAGGUCGCUUCAACCUUGCAGGAGGGCAACGGAAGAGGCAGGUCCAAUUCCAGUGUAUCGUAGAAUGAAUAGGUAUUAUUACUGCUACUCCAUGGAUAGAAUUUGUACAGAAAGAAAAUAGAAAUUUCGUGGUUUUUCC